AGAAGAGGAAAAAAAAAAAAAAACACACACACACAAAAAAAAAAAAAAAAACAGUUUCAAGCAUGACGAGACAAAGACAGUGACUGAAGUACUGACAAAUAAUGAUUUAAGAACUUUCGCGACUCACCAUGGCCAUAAGGGAGCUCAAAGUUUGCCUUCUAGGGGACACUGGAGUCGGGAAAUCCAGUAUUGUUUGCCGAUUCGUUCAGGAUCAUUUUGACCACAACAUCAGUCCCACAAUAGGAGCAUCAUUCCUGACCAAGACAGUGCCAUGUGGAAAUGAACUACACAAGUUUCUGAUCUGGGAUACAGCCGGACAGGAAAGGUUUCACUCAUUAGCUCCGAUGUACUAUCGAGGAUCGGCUGCAGCAGUUAUUGUCUAUGACAUAACUAAACUGGACUCUUUCCAGACACUGAAGAAGUGGGUGAAGGAGCUGAAGGAACACGGUCCAGAGGACAUUGUUGUAGCCAUAGCAGGAAACAAGAAUGAUUUAGGAGACAUCAGGGAAGUUCCUAUGAAAGAAGCUAAGGAGUUUGCUGAAUCAAUUGCAGCUAUUUUCAUCGAGACUAGUGCCAGAAAUGCUGUCAACGUUGAGGAGCUCUUUCAGAAAAUCAGUAAACAGAUUCCGCCCCUGGAAAAUCCUGAGGUGGACAGCAACGAGUCCUUUAAACUCACCCGGCAGCCCUCUUUGUCCACCAGGAGAUGCUGCUAGCACCAACAGCAACCGAUGAGAUUACUUCCUUCAGCACCAGGGACCCCACCAGCGCAGCACAUAGUCCACAAUGCACACAAUGUCUUACUCAAGGGAAAGACAAGACAGUGGACGGAGAGAUGUCAGCUUGAACAUGCGGUCACCUGCAACGUGAAACAGAAAACCUGCCAACAGUAUUAUAAGGGUCAAUGGACGUUUAUUUCAUUUAAUUGUAGCAGUUUCAAGUCUGAUGAGGUUAGGAAGCAGAAAGCCCUCAAUUUGUCCCCCUCAGGUGGUGUUUUGCCUGAAUUGCAUUCAGAUUCUGUGGCAUGAUACAAAGCUCAUUACAAGUGGGCAGUUUUAUCACACAAUCUAUAGUAACUUUAAAAUUAAGCACAAAUUAAUAACAAGUCAUGUGGCUGAUGUGCUCAUUAAAGCUGGGUUUUGGUUGUAGAUGCAACCACACUUUCAUUUCAAGAGUCAACUGCAUUGUACUGCAGUCAUUGCACUGUGGCUCUUCGAUGGCACACAAUAAAUGAAAGUUUUUUUUAUAUGAAUUCUCAUCAAGACUACACUUGUCCUUUUCGUGGAGCUUUUCACGUUCAUGUAUGUGUCAGUCCUGUAUAGAAUUCCUUUAGAAUAUUUGAAUAAGAGGUUGUUAAGAUCGAACCGUAGACGAGCAUUCAGUUGUAUAGCUCAGAUGGAGCGGCUUUACACUCCACUUUGUCAUGUGUUUUCACACGGACUUGCUGCGUAAGGGUUUAACUGUAAUGCUGCAGAAUGAACAGCUUAGAGGCCUAAAUUGUAAUUAGAGUAUGACACCCCCCUGUUGAAACACUGUGACCAAUACUAGAAUUGUUUACAUGGUGAUUUGUUAAAAAUGUUUUCUACAUGCUGAGUUAUAUUGUCUGAGAUUUCACUACAGGGAAUGACUGUAUACAACUGCCAAACAUAAGAAGUAUUUUUACCUGAAAAGGGUUUAAGUUUACACCGUUGGGAAGAGAAAAGACCUGCAUGCAUUUUACUCUAAACGUGUCUACAGCCGUUUAACUUCCAAAAAGGUUGAGUUGUAUAUACUAACCAAACUCUAAAAGAACUGUGGGAAUAUAGACCUGACUCUUGCCUUGCAAAACAGCCCAAAUGUGUAAAACGAGAUUAUGUAUUUUGUGUGUCGCUGUAGUGCCCUUGGAUUUGACCACUUGAAAUGUAUAACAGCACUUUUGCAUACAUUGACCACAGUAUUAGUUAGGAGUUACUUUUUAAAUGUUAAACAGUCCCAUUACACCAUAACAGUAGUAUUCGUUAAAAGAUUUAAAUGGAUAUGACAGUUAACUUCGAUAGAUACAACAUGGUUUCCUACUUUAACAGCAUUUUAGUUCCACAUUUCAGUGGCUUAAAGAAAACAUGUUUACAUUUGUACUUUGUCAGUUAAAAAAAAAGUAGAAUUUUAUAAUUCCAUUAACCCACUUUUGUGGGUUAAUGGAAUUAUAGUCUCAUUUUGCCAAUAGGUACUGUUCUCUGUAUGGAAAGUCAAACCAAACUCCAUUCACAAAUCUACCAAUCAUCGUGGCUUUGCUUACUGGAAGAAAAAAAAAAA